AUGCGCGUUGAACUGCGGCCUACACCGAAACCUGGUCCCGGGAGCGUACUCAUCCGCAUCCUUGCUUCGUCAAUCAGAGCCAAUUCUCGUCGCGUCUACCAAGAACCUACCAGUGGCCACCCAUUACCCACAGCAUUCGUACCCGGUUUCGCUGCUAUCGGACGAGUUGCAGAAACCGGUCCAGACGCAACACGUCUACAAAGGGGUCAACUGGUAUUUUUUGACCCUUACAUUAUAGGCCGUGAUUCAUCAGAUGCCAAGUACAUCAGUGGGCUUAUGGAAUGCCUCGAUGAAGAGAGUAAAAGACUCUCUCGCGGCGAAUGGAGGGACUCGACCUUUGCAGAAUUUGCCAACCUGCCCCUGGAGAAUUGCUUCCCUCUUGACGAAUCACGGCUUAUGAGACCUUCCCAGGACGGAGGGUUAGGGUAUACACUAGACAAUCUUACACACUUGUUUAGCAUGCUGAUCCCUUUUGGGGGUCUUGCAGAUAUAGGCCUCGAAGCCGGCCAAACUGUGAUCAUUGCGCCAGCAACAGGAAGAUAUGGUAGCGCCGCGGUGCAUCUCGCACUGGCUGUGGGCGAGCGGGUUAUUGCUACUGGCCGUAACAGGACAAUCCUCCAGCAGCUAGCCACUAUACAUCCUCAACGUCUGAGUGCCGUCCCUAUUACUGGAGACGUUGAUGCUGAUACCCAGGCACUUCGCGCAGCAGCAGGCCCCAGCGGUGCAGAUGUCUUCUGGGACAUGUCACCACCAGGGGCUGGCACUUCAACGCAUUUUCUAAGUAGCCUCAACGUCCUGAAAACCGGGGCGCGGAUCAGUUUGAUGAGUAGUAUCCUUUCCAGUGUCAGCUUCGACUAUAUGCAGAUUAUGGUUAGAGGGCUUACAAUCAAGGGGACUUGGAUAUGCGCGAAGGAGCAGACAAAGAGAUUAAUCAGUAUGGUUGAAACAGGGCUACUGCCAUUAGAUGCUCACAGUAUGGGUCCAGUUCGAAAGUUCAAGUUGGAUGAUUGGGCAGUGGCGCUCGACACUGGUGCUGAGAGAACCGAGCCAGGGGAAGUUAUCAUAACCCCAUAG